AUGCAAGGAACUCUGGUGUAUCGACUCCCAACGAGGGCUGUCACCCGUUCGAUAUUCGCCCAGAAACAUAACACACUUUUACCACAAUGGAGGAGAGGUUUUGCCACCGAGAACGGGCAAGGGACGACCUCAGAGUCGGCCACUCCCGGAGGCCAGGUGAUGACCGAUUCUAAACGGACUGCCUCAAUUUUUACCAAGAUGGCAGAAAGCCUAUCCAAAGUGGCAGCCGAAAGCACGCCUAAAAUUGGCGCACAAGCUCUGAAUGCCCACAGGCAAACCGUUAGCGAGAAUACCGACAAAUCCAAGGGCAAUAUGGUGGACAGUGACGAGCCAUAUCACUUCCAUAUUUACAGCCACAAACACAAUACGCAUGUAACUGUGACGGACCCGAAUCGCGACGCCAUCGUGUCGCUGUCCACCGGAAAUCUUGGUUUUAAGAAGUCUGGCCGCAAACAUUAUGACUCGGCUUAUCAGCUCGGGGCUCUGGUCAUUGACAAGCUGCAGGAAAAGGGGAUGCACAACAAGAUCAACAAGCUCGAGGUUGUCUUACGAGGAUUUGGUGCUGGUCGAGAGGCUGUGACCAAGGUUCUCAUGGGCAACGAAGGGAGGCUAUUCCGCCCCAAGAUCUGUGACGAAGUCCAUCCGCGGUGUGGCAAUUGCACAAAACAUGGCGUCGACUGCGAUUUCGAGCACCCAGGAGCCGUACGCGUCGGCGGUGGCUUGACUUCUCCCGGAUCGACUCGGACAUCGCCGUCUACAUCGUCGUCCGGCAACCCUCUUUACCGGAGCCCCGGCGCACUGGUUCUGUCGCAAACCACACCACCAGCAAACAAGAUCCUCGAGCUGCGGCUCAUGCACCACUAUACAGCCAUAACCAGCAAAACAAUCACUGUCACGACACCUACCACCGAGGAAGUAUGGCGCGAACUGGUGCCGCAAAUCGCAUUUGGGGCGAACUCGCAACAUCUUGCGGACAGCAUCUUGGCUAUCUCAGCCCUUCAUCUACGGAGUAUCUACCCACAUGACCAAGAAAUAGUCCGCGCAUCCCACGCCUACAUGGCCUCGUCUCUUCGCGAGUACAGCAACAUACUCACCAGGGGUAUCAAUGCUUCGAAUGCUGAGGCUCUCUUCUUGACUUCCACCUUGAUCGCAAUACAAUCUACCGCCACGCGGGUCUUCACCAAGGAUGAGUCGGUCGUUGCUCCUCAGCCAGGUGAUGGGACCAUACUCAAGAACCGGAUAGCUCCCGUUGGUGGCUACAGCCUUCCCCUGUCGUGGUUCCAUGCGUUCCAGGGCGUCAAGGCUCUCACCGCGGCCUCUUGGCAAUGGCUUAGGCACAGCAGUGUCGUGAUACCUAUCAUCAAUUCCCAACCCGUUCUACAACUAGACUUCGCUAGCAACCACUGCACUCACUUCGGCCAUCUGCUGGACGGUCUAGAGCAGGAACUUGCCAUGCUGCCCUACGACGAACCUGGUCAAGUACCUCCUAGUCCAACUUGGGAAGCAAAUGGCGCGAAUGCAACCGCCGCCGCCGCCGCAGCAGCAGCAAUGUUUACCGCGUCUACCUCUUUGGGCGCAGGCAGCAGCAGCGCAAAUGCGCAGUCUCAAGCAUCUAGUGGCCUGGGCAGCCUAACCACGAGCAGUACGCGUCAGUCCACGAAGCAGGCCUAUGAACAUGCCGUCGCUGUCCUGAACUGGGCUCACAAGAUACCUCAUAAGGGUUCACCCCUUGCUUUCCCUGCCACAGUCUCCCGUCGCUUUGUCGAGCUGCUCGAGGAGCGCCGGCCACGUGCCCUGGCUAUCCUGGCUAGUUUUUUUGCGUUGCUCAAGUGUCAUGACUCGACUUGGUGGCUUCGCGGUAUGGCGAGGCGCGAGGUUUUGGGCAUCGUUUCGCUCUUCAACUCGGAUUAUUUCGGACCCGAGGUAGAACGGCAGUGGUGGCCUCAUCUCGAAUGGUCAGUUCGCGUAGCCUUGCACGACGAUAGAGCAAAUCCGGGGUAUAUCCCGCCAGAGCUGUGGGGCUCUUCGUGGCUCACAACCGAUGAAACUGAGCUUCGCAACGAUGCUCCAACUUUUGUAUCGCAUAUUGAGAUGUUGACAGAGAUGAUCUCUGGCAUACAGAGCUUCCCCGCCCCGGAGCCUGCCCAGAGCAGCUCUUGA